AUGUUCGCUAAGCCGAGGCAAAAGAAGACCUUAGGGCCACCUCCGAAGAAGAGAAAAGCCCAGCACAGCAUCGAAGAGAUAUCCUUUGACAAUGAUGCGCGCGCCGACUACCUCACCGGCUUCCAUAAGCGCAAACAAGCCAGGAUAAAACAUGCACAGGAGCAGGCAGCUGAGCAGGCCAGGAAGGACAGGAUCGAGAUGAGAAAACAGCUACGAGAGGAGCGCAAACGAGAUAUCGAGAAACACGUGGAGCAAGUCAACGCACUUUUGCGAGAGGCGCAACAUGCCGGUCAGGAUGACGACGAGUCCGAAAAUGGCUGGGAGGGCUUUGACGACGAGCCGCCGCCAGAGCUCAAGCCUAUGAACUUUGAGGAGGAGUACAUCGACGAGGACAGGUUCACAACGGUGAAAAUCGAGUCGGUCAAUAUCGACCGGGAUGGGCUGCACAGGCCGGAAGACGACGCAGAUUCUGGAGACGAUGAAACGAACGGUGAAAGCAAACCAGAAGAAAAACCAACGGAGGACAAGAAGUCAAGUAAAGAUCAAAAGGCAAAGAAGAAGAAGAAGAAAUUUCGAUACGAAACCAAGUUUGAAAGGAGGUUGACGGAAAGCAAGCGGAGAGCCAAGAAAUUCGCAGGUGCAGGAUAG